AUGUACGAAGAAGUCGAUGAUCGCUAUAAGGAGAAGUUACAGCGCAUGCUCGAGGCGCAGAAUAUGCAGAUCAACACUCAAUUUCAACAAAACAUCCUCGCUACCUUGGCCAUGCGACCCGGCCUGCAACACCGUCGGGCCUCCCUGAUGGCACAGCGCGGUCCCGUCGGUGGUGUUCGUAAGAUGAGCCUGGAUUUCUCCAACAUGCACAACCCUUUUUCCGAGGGCAUGCACCGAAACAUGCACGCUAGCCCUCUGACCAGCCCCAUCGCCAUGACCGGCAGUCGGAGCUACAUGAUGUCGCCUUCCUACGACGGGAACUCCCAAUCCCCUUCAUCGUUCCACCCCAACAUGGGUCCAAUGCCAUCCUACAUUACCCACCAGUCCCCCACAUGGCCGGCUCACAUCGGCCCGCAAUCCGUGCAAUCGCCUUGGGCUGGUUCGGGUGACAUGAACAUGCCUGUUCGCCAGUUCCGAGAUCGACUGGGUUCUGCACCGGUUAUUCCGGUGCACGCUAUCCCUUCGAGUGCGGCGUACCGACCAACCACUGCCGCUCAGCACAGUCGCAACCGUUCCGAACCGGGUCAGGCUCCGACCCAACGGAUGCCCUCCCAUACCCCGUCUGUCGAGAACACUCCCAAGGUGGAGAGAGUGGAUGGCCUACCUACUGAAACCUUGCCUACCACCUUUCCUACCCCCGACCUCUGCCCAACCCCCAGCACCCCUUACUCGCCCACCUCUACAGCCAAGAACAGUGACUUGGCAUUUGAGACGCUUGAUACCAAAGAACCGGACUGCGUCUCCUUCUCGCAGCCGGUCCUGGACCAGGACUUUGUCGAUUUCCAGGGCCUCUCCUUCUCCCUGGGUAGUCACCCUACGAUCCCUUCCUUCGAUAACACCUUGCACCACCCGGACUCCGAAUGGAAACCGGACGAGGUGGUGCAACUGGAUGAUUGGCUCGUUGGUGCGUGA